CCGGCCACAAAAAGAAAAGGAGGGAUGAAAGUGGGUACGAAAAGUUUGAAGUUUGCCUGGAAUGAAGGUGAAGACCACGCCCAAGUAUAAGAAGUAUAAGUAGUACUCGGAUACUCAGUACUCCGCCAUGAACGUGACCGACGUCUACAAGGGAAUCAGCAUCCUCUACAAUGGAGUAAAUAUGUCCGGGAACGGGAGCACGGGAGUUCUGAACGUAUCUUCUCCCCUCAACAAAGCCAUCAACAUCCUGUCCAUCCUUCUUCUCUUCAUCACCAUGAUCUCUCUGGGAUGCACCAUGGAGAUCUCCAAAAUAAGGAACCAUUUGCUACGACCGAAAGGAGUAGCCAUCGCCAUCGUGGCCCAGUUUGGCAUCAUGCCCUUGACGGCGUUUUGUCUUGCUAAAUUACUCAAGAUGGAUUCCAUCAAGGCCGUGACGGUGCUCAUCUGUGGAUGCUGUCCAGGAGGGAACCUAUCCAAUAUCUUCACCUUGGCCCUCAAGGGGGACAUGAACCUCAGCAUAGUGAUGACCACAUGCUCCUGCGUUGCAGCUCUGGGACUGAUGCCCUUGCUGCUCUUAAUCUACUGUCAAGGCUUCAGCGGCCUGGAGAACGCGGUGCCUUACGUGGGCAUCAUUACGGCUCUCGCCUUCACCUUGGUGCCCUGCGCCAUGGGCAUUGCUAUCAAUCACUACAGACCUAAAUAUACACCUCUGGUCUUGAAGUCUGGUUUAGGCACAAUGAUCAUUUCCAGCAUGGUCCUGUUCUCCUUGUCCGGCAUGGCGGUCAAAGACAUUCUGUGGAUGAUCCUCACCGUUGAUGUUCUGACUGUGGCGGCUCUGAUGCCCCUUAUUGGUUUCACGCUGGGAUAUGUCAUGUCGGCCAUAUGCAGACUCAGUUCAAAAUGCAGCAGGACCAUCUCAGUGGAAACAGGAUGUCAGAACAUUCACCUCUGUGUGGCCAUCCUGAAGGUCGCCUUUCCCCCAGAGGUCAUCGGACCCAUGUUUCUCUUCCCUUUGCUGUACUACAUGUUCCAGUGUGCCGAGGCUCUCCUGUUCACCGUGUGCUUCAGAUCUUACCAAAUAUUCAAGACAUCCGACGAGGAUGGCAAGAAUGUCUUUGUUCAACAAGAUGAGGAGAAAAAAACAGACUGUCCGAGAGGUUUGGAGGCAAAUAACCGAACAUGACAUUUGGCACUCAUGCACGUACGAGUGCUACAAUAUAUCGGAAAAGUAUUUGUAUUUUUUUUUUGUUUGUUUUCCAUUUACAAUAGGAAGUUGUUUUUAUUGACACUCUCAAAAAAGGUGGCCUGAAUAGAAGGGAAAAAAGUCUGAAAAAUAAAAGUCUAUUCAAAC